AUGGAUAAUCAAACUCAAGUUACCGAAUUCAUCCUUUUAGGAUUCAUUGGCAAUCCCUGGCUUCAGAAGUUACUCUUUGUCAUUUUUUUCUUCAUUUAUUUGAGCACCCUUAUUGGCAAUGUAAUGAUUAUUUUGGCUAUAAGAAUUGAUCCUCACCUUCACAGUCCCAUGUAUGUUUUUCUUUCAUAUUUAGCACUUCUUGAUAUUGCUUUUUCCUCAGUCACCGUUCCUAAAAUGCUACAAGACUUCCUUUCUGAGACAAAGGCUAUCUCAGUUCAACAUUGCUUUACCCAAGUCUUCUUUAUUAUGUGCCUUUCAGUGGGAGAGGGUCUUCUCCUUUCUGUGAUGGCCUAUGAUCGGUUUAUAGCUGUGUGCCACCCUUUGCAUUAUACAGUGAUGAUGAGAAAACAGGUGUGUGCUUUCCUAAUAUGUAGUGCAUUGUUCACUGGCUUUGCCUAUGCUCUAUUGAACACUCUUCUACUGACCACUUUACAAUUCUGUGGGCCCAAUGUCAUUCAUCACUUCAGCUGUGAGGCUCCACAACUAUUCAAACUUUCCUGUAGCAACACCUUUGCAAACCAAAUGGUGAUUUUUACUCUUGGUUCAUUCUUAGGGAUGGGGGCUCUACUCAUUAUACUGGCCUCCUAUAUUCUUAUCAUCUCUUCUGUUUUAAGAAUACAGUCCAUGGAAGGGAAAAGCAAAGCUUUCUCCACUUGCACAUCUCACAUGAUUGUUGUUUUGCUGUAUUAUGGAACCAUUUUUUUUAGAUACCUGAAGCCAACCUCCAAAGAUGCUGGUAAUCAAGAAAUUGUUCCAUCUAUUGUUUACUUCAUUGCAACACCAAUGCUAAAUCCCAUAAUCUAUAGCCUCCGUAAUCAAGAAGUGAAAAGGGCAUUUGUUAAAAUAGUACAGAGCAACAACAAUGAAAAUUGA